GUGUGGGAACGUGAACUUUGCCAGAAGAACCAGCUGUAACAGAUGCGGGAGGGAAAAAACGACAGAAGCCAAAAUGAUGAAAGCGGGAGGGACUGAAAUAGGAAAGACACUGGCUGAAAAGAGUCGUGGCCUCUUCAGUGCUAACGACUGGCAGUGUAAAACAUGUGGUAACGUGAACUGGGCCAGAAGAUCAGAGUGUAACAUGUGUAACACUCCCAAGUACGCUAAACUGGAGGAAAGAACAGGAUACGGAGGAGGAUUUAAUGAACGAGAGAACGUGGAGUACAUCGAGCGCGAGGAGUCGGACGGGGAGUACGAUGAGUUUGGACGCAAAAAGAAAAAAUAUCGAGGGAAGCCGGUCGGUCCCGCAUCUAUCCUGAAGGAAGUAGAAGAUAAGGAAUCUGAAGGGGAAGAUGAGGAGGAUGAGGAUGGAGAUCUCUCCAAAUAUAAAUUGGAUGAGGAUGAGGAUGAAGAUGAUGCUGACCUCUCAAAGUAUAAUCUGGAUGCCAGUGAGGAAGAGGACAGUAAUAAGAAAAAGAAAUCCAAUAGGCGCAGUCGUUCCAAGUCUCCAUCUUCCCACUCCCGCUCUUCAUCGCGCUCAUCCUCUCACUCAAGCUCAAGGUCUAGGUCCAGGUCCCAUUCAAGAAGCUCUUCCAGUUCCAGAUCAAGAUCUCGUUCCAGUUCCAGAGAACACUCUAGAUCUCGUGGGUCGAAAUCAAGAUCCAGCUCCAGGUCCUACAGGGGGUCUUCCACCCCGAGAAAAAGAUCUUACUCAAGCUCUCGUUCCUCGUCUUCCCCCGAGAGAAGCAAGAAGCGAAGUCGUUCUAGAUCCUCUUCACCUGGUGAUCGCAAAAAAAGACGAUCGAGAUCACGGUCACCCGAAAGACGCCGCAGAUCAUCAUCUGGAUCUUCCCAUUCUGGUUCCCGUACAAGUUCUAAAAAGAAAUAAUGUAUUAAAGCUCAGAUUUAAAAAAAAAAAAAAAAAAAUUCCAGUCAGUGCAUGAGACAUUUUUAAGAAGUUGGUGUCUUACUUGGUCAGAAGUGCUAAAUCUGCUAGUAGAGGUGCAUGUCUGUCCUUGCUUUCUGGAAAACUGCAGCUUUGUUCAUUCAUGAAACAAAAAGUGAGGUAGCAUUUUAAGCCAUAAACUCCCCAGAGGAGGCGUGAAGUUUUAU